CAAACAUAUUUGCCUUUUUUUUUUAUUUGCUUCACAGUUUUGAUGACUUUUAAAGAAGCUCCAUCCUGCAGCUCAUCCAAGGAAAAGACUCGUGACGUCGCCAUCGCCAGCAGGAGCCGGAUAUCCGCCACGUCCGGAAAAAUCCCAUAUUUGGGCAUUCCUAGCAGGAGCAAUGGCAGCUUACAUUGAAUGUGAACGGCUAGCUUGAUGUUGAUUGUGUAGCGUAAAUGAUAGAUUUUUAGACAUUUUCAACCCAUGAUCGAGACGGAAGAGCGCUGGAUUGGAACGUAAAUAUUUUUUAAAAUGUCAAAAACCAAGUGUUAGUGACCGAACCGUUAAACCGCUACCAAACCGAAACCAAUUAGCACGGCUUUAGCAUCCUCGACGCCGUUCGUGAAUUCUCUCGCUAACGUUACUCGUCACAUCCCCGAUUCUCACCCGGUAUCCACCGCUCUCCAUGCCCGAGCAAGGCCCGAGAAUGAACAGCUUCUCCCUCGGCGAGCUGUGCUGGCUCUUCUGCUGCCCGCCGUGUCCGAGUCGCAUCGCGGCCAAACUGGCGUUCCUGCCGCCCGAGCCCACGUACUCCAUCCACACGGACGCGAGCGGCGCGACCAGCCUGCAUCUCACCGAGCGCGCCGACUGGCAGUACUCGCAGCGCGAGCUCGACGCCGUGGAGGUGCUGGUGACCCGAACCAGCCGCGGGAACCGGGUCGGCUGCAUGUUCGUCCGCUGCGCGCCCGCUAGCCGCUACACGCUGCUGUUCUCUCACGGGAACGCCGUGGAUCUGGGCCAGAUGUGCAGCUUCUACAUCGGCCUCGGCUCCAGGAUCAACUGUAACGUGUUCUCCUAUGAUUACUCGGGUUACGGGGUCAGUACCGGGAAACCGUCCGAGAAGAACCUAUACGCUGAUAUCGAAGCGGCCUGGCAGGUGCUGAGGAACAAGUAUGGAGUGACUCCGGAAAACAUCAUCCUGUACGGGCAGAGCAUAGGGACAGUGCCGACGGUGGACCUGGCGUCCCGGUACGAGUGCGCGGCAGUGAUCCUCCACUCUCCCCUCAUGUCCGGCUUGCGUGUGGCCUUUCCUGACACCCGAAAAACCUACUGCUUCGAUGCCUUCCCAAGCAUCGACAAGGUGUCAAAGGUGGCGUCUCCUGUCCUGGUCAUCCACGGCACAGAAGACGAAGUGAUCGAUUUCUCCCACGGCUUGGCCAUCUACGAGCGAUGCCCACGCGCCGUGGAGCCUCUAUGGGUGGAGGGCGCCGGGCACAACGACAUCGAGCUUUACGCUCAGUACCUCGAGAGACUCAAACAGUUCAUCACGUUUGAGCUGGCUACCUCCUGAAGACGCGGCGCGGCUCGCAGCAGGCCGAGGCGCACACACACUCAUACGUGUCGUGUAGGGUUCCCCUUUACCCAGGGCUGAGGACGCCAUCAGUACUUGCACUUGCUGACGAAAAAAGCUGAAGUCUCUCUCUUGAUAUUUAGGAGCGGGGCGUUUUCAUCCCUACGGGGGGAAAUGUGUUUUAAUGAUUUCGAACCACUUUCUAUUCUUUUAUACUUGAUGAAGAAACGUUGACAUUUUGCACCGCAUUCAAUGUUGUGUUUGAUGAUUUUAUUUUUUCCUGUUUUUUUUUUCUCUAUUUCUUUAAAUGCUCCUCAAGGGUUAAUUAAACUGCACUUUUAUUGUGCAGGUAUUUUCAGGUUAUAUAUAUAUACAUAUUUUUUUUUUUUGGAGAUAAUUAUGUCAUAGCAUUCCGUUUUAUUAUGUUUCAAGUAGAUUAGUACAAGAGAAACCAGUAACUGACUUUUUACAUGGCCAGUUUGUGUGUGUGUGUGUGUGUUUAGGAGUGUUCAUACGCACAUGCGUUUGUGUGGUAAAGGCCGCUGACUGUUCGGUCUAAAUAAUUGUAACUUGGGCUAAUUAAAACUGGAAGACCUGUGGAAGUGACUUGACCCGUAAAUAAUGAGACAAACUACGAAUACAGUGAGGAAGAGAGUCGUACUGUCUUUUUUUUCAGCAGUGAAACACGGUGCUUUGUCACAACGCAGCAUUCAGGGCAUUGUUUCAGCGCAAACACUACAUCGUUUAAAUCGUGGGUUGUAUUAAAAAUGUGAAAUUUCAAGCUUUCUCUGUUGCUUUUAGCAUUGACCUUACAAUAAGCCUUAUGUUUUCAGACGUUUCGCUCUGACAUUCCUGUCAAUGAUUUCUCGGAAAUGGGAUUUUGAAGAUUUUCUCCGGACUCCCACUCGCUGCUACUCUAAUGGGAAAAUCACUGUGAAAACUGAACCUUCGCUAGAUAUAAAUAAGGUACCGCACCUCCUCACCGCUUUGACGUGCAUCCGGUUUUCCAAACAUCUGACAAAUCACAAUACCCAGGAAAAUGAUUCAUUCAAUGUUUUUUUUUUUUUCUUCCCAUACGGCGAAUGAAGGACUGUGUUUGUAGACAUUUCACCAUUGCGUUACACGACAGGUUGAUCAGAAGUGUUUUCCGCGCUAAUGAAGGACGUUGAUUGUUUCCAAACAGGUGCGAUCGUCUGAUUGUGUUUUUAACGCAUAGCAGAAGGUGUUGUUGGUAAACUUGACUUGUUGUAUUGCUGUAAGGUUAUGCGGUGGCGGUUCAUGUAUGAUGUUUGAAGAUGAAGCUCCUUGACUCUUUUUAAGGAAUGGCAGAAACUGACCACAUCUGAGCCGUCAUUGCUUUUGAUACUGACAUUUUUACAAUGUUUUUUCAGUGAUGAUUAAUAUUUACACCUCUUUUAAUGCUGGUUCGUAAGAUAACCAUAUUGUACACCCCCUCUGGUGUCUCACAUCUCUCUCUCUAUAUAUAGGUCUGUAAAAUAUGAAGUAAAUGGUAUUUAGCUUUGAUUUUUAUUGACACUGGAAUCAUAGUAUGCAAAUAUAAUGCAGAGAAAACCCUAGUUGGUACAGACACUUUUGUGUGUAGGUUUCUUUUUUUUUUUUUUUUUUUAAAUGUAUAUUAAAAGCCUUAAAUGUGCCGCAAGAAAAUUAUUGUUCUUUCUGUUGGUUGUUGCUUCAUUGCAACAGAGUGGUUAUUGUACUGCAUAUAAAGGAAUAAAAGGAUGCAUGGAAACCCAAA